AUGCGUGACGUCAUGCCCACGGCCAUCUCCAUCAUGUCGCACCUGCUCCGCAUACCCACACGUGAAGGACCACUGCGCCUCAACAAAGGCAUCUACGACCUGAAGAAUGGACAGUGUGGCGAUGGUAAUGGCAUCUACAUCCAUCGUCACUACAUCGACGAGGGAAUCGAGGACGCCGACCUGCUCCUCUAUUUAACAGCUCGGCCCUUUCCCAAGGUCGACACCAUGGCCUUUGGCAUGCCUUGCAACUUCGACUACGAUACGACCUCCUACAAGCGCACAAUCUUUGGUCGCCCGCUAGCUGGCUACAUCAACCUCAAUCCCAACCAGAUGAACAACUUUGCCAACACAAGCUCACAGUACACCUUUGAGAAGGCGGUCGUCGUCACACUGCACGAGAUGAUUCACGUGAUGGGCUUUACGCCAAACUUGUACUCAAGCUAUCUGGAUCGUGAUGGAAACCCACAUGAACAGCCAAUCAUUCACAGCAAGUCCUAUGGCGUCAAUCCAAGCAAUGUCACAUCCUACCAGAACUCAUCAAAGAUUUCCACUCCUCAAGUCACUCGUGCGGCACGUACCUUCUAUGACUGUCCCGAAUGCGAUGGAAUGGAGUUGGAAAUGGGCUGCAAUGAUACAAUUCGCAACACUGCCAAUCCAAACAUGAUUUGCGCACAUUGGGAGUCUAGAGUGGCGUACUCAGAGAUCAUGACAUCACAGGAUUCUCCAGACAUGGUGAUAUCCGUACUCACACUGGCAUUGCUUCAGGAUAUGGGAUGGUAUCUCGUGGAUACGAAUAUGGUACAACAGAUGCAUUGGGGACAUGGACAAGGAUGUCAAUUCCUGGAAAACCGUUGCGAGAGCUGGUACAAAGGCAAACAGAGAGGUCUAUUUUGUACCGAGCCCAAAGGUAAACAGAACACGACAUGGCUAAAGAACUACUCUUAUUGUACUCAUGAUGCAAAGGCAAUCGGCUUUUGUAAUCUAAAGUAUUAUGGUAAUGAAUAUAUUCCAGAUUAUUAUCAACACUUUGCUGAUCCAACACUGGGCGGUCCAAAGAAUACCGAUUACUGUCCAUUCAUACAAACGGAUGGAGAGCAUAAUCUGUGCGAGGCACAGUUGGGCGACGUCAAUGCCAAGUGCUUCAUGCUUACCAACACCAGACAGAAUCAGACCGUGCCCAAGUGCUUCAACACACGAUGCACACCUGGCGGAGUGCUUCAGAUCAAAGUCGACAAUUGUUAUUUCGACUGUCCUUUGGAGGGAGGCGAGAUCCAACGAACUGGUGCACAGGGCAACUGGACGCUGCAAUGUCCACCCAAUGUCCUCUGUCGCCAGAGCAAUCUGGAUAUGCUGAUGGUGCGCGGCUCACUCAAUAUCGACGACCCGCCAUUUUGGAAGUCCUACAAGUUCUACAUUCCAAUGUCUGUUGCUGGUGUGAUCCUGAUUGCCAGUUGCAUUGGUGGCUUCAUCUUUUAUACCAAGGUACUGGCAAAGAGGCAUAUAAGCAGUGUACAUGCCGAUACAGAGUUGAAGACAAUUAAACAGCAACAACAUUAG